AAAUAAGUUCACACUAUUCCCGCAACUAGUAAAUUUCAGUAUUUAAUUUUUAGUAAUAACAUUUAAAAACAAUAAUAUAACAAAUUAAAUUUUGGAGCACUAUGGUGUUUGGGGCGCGAACAUGAUGCUACACCUGCUGCUAUUCUGCUUGGCGCUCUUCAUCAUCAUCUAUUGGAUUUUGCCCACGGGCAUUAGCUGGUAUUUGGUAAAGAGGUUUCGGGUCAAAGUACGGAUUGGGCGCAUCUCACUGCCCUAUUUGUCCCUGAAGAAUGUGCACAUCAGCAAGAGUGGAUUCUCGGUGCAAAUCGAGGAAGUGUGCCUGCGUAGCAGUUUCUUCACCACCGAGGUGACCAAGCUGCUCUCCAUUUACAUCCGCGAUAUCCGGAUCAACAAGGACAUACACAGCCGGCAGGAUGACACUGAGGACUUCUACGAACUCCGGCGGACUCAAGAGAGUAAGCCGGUGGAGGCGAAGGGUGUGCCAGACUUCAGGCAAACCAAAGUGCCGGCGAGCAUCAUCACAUUUGCCCAAUUUAUGGCCGUACAUAUUAACAACAUAUCAGUGGUCCUGAUGAACAAUGACUUUGAUCCGGGCUGGUUCAUUCAUGCCACGGCAAAGGAACUCCAUCUGGACGGAAGUAUCGUCCAGAAUGCCCGUGUCCUGCUGGUAAAUGCGGCGCUCAGCGAAGCGCAAGCCAAGAUGCUGAGGCACUGCAGCUCCCGCCGCCAGUCACUGGAGAAUCUGAACAAGAUUCGGCCAUGCCUGGGCGAGGUCAGCUUCGACAUGACUCUGGAUGCGUCGCUCUUUGCUCAGGGACCGCUGUCUAUGGAUACCCUUAGUCUGGUUAUCAACAAUGCCAAAUCAGUCGUCCACGGCGGUCUGUACGAAUUCCUUAGUGAGGCCAAGCGAAGGACAUCGACUGGUAAGCAGUCACGACGUUCCACGCAGGCUUUAGCUCCCUCCAAAAGGUCCUUCGACAAUGAUAACUACGAGAAGCUGGCGCCCAUUAUACCAAAGAACUUUAGCUUUAGCAUCAGAGCGGCAACAUUCUCCGCCGUCAAAGAAAAUUCACAGAACGAUUUUAGUGCCAAGCUGCAGUCGUUUCAAAUAUCGGGAAAGUUUAACUCGAAAGUCACAGAUGAAAAGACUUUGCUACCAUCAAUGCUUGCAAAAUUGGGUUUUCAGCACUUAGACAUUGAUACUAAAUAUGAGAAACUACUCUUUGUAGAACAAUUCACCAUAGAUUCUGUGCUGGAAAAAGACAUCUUCAAUCUGUAUGUGAAGCUUAAGACAUUUCAAAUCAUCUAUAACCACAGCGAGAUCUAUGACUUUGUCAACAACAAUUUUCUGGCCCGCCAGCGCUCGAGCGGAUCACAGCCAAUGCAGCUGAUACUUAAGCAGAAAUCUCUGCCGGAUCACUUGUAUCUGGAGACGGCGCCGGAAAGCCACUUCCGUGGGAAUCAGAGACGGGAAGGCGGUGUUCUCGAGUGGAUCAUGCAAAGGAUCGUGGUCAAAGGCUGUGCGGAGCUGUUCAAUGUCUCACUCCUAAUGAAAUUGGAGGAUGAGCACAUAGCCAUGAGCGUCAGUCAUACAAGGUUCCUCUUGGAACAAAUCGAGGAGAAACGAAGUAAUCUCUAUGAAAACAAGUUCCUAAAUUUGCUGUUGAAUCAACGGCAAUGGAGCAUGGAACUAAUGGUGGAAACGCUGUGGUCAAAUCUUAAGAACUCUAUUAACGACACAAACAACCUCAAGAAAACCCAUUCGCCUGGGUCGCCUUUCUUCCUCGGAGUGAGCUUGGUUAAGCUCUGCUCGUAUGCGAACACCACCAAACUGGACAUAUCCGUGCAUACUUUCCGCACGGAGUACAGCAUGCAGUUGGCGGAGUUUGUGGUCAAAUCAAUGGAGUGCCUCAGGCAGUACCGUGGAAUGGAACCAAAGAGGAUGUCAGGUCAAUCUCAGGCUAGGCCGAAUGCAGGCCUCACCCUGUCCGUGCAGCCAUCACAAUCAUCUACCUCACUGCGAGUGUCCGUUAAGGUCAAGGAUAUUACGGCUUACUUUGUUAAUCAUCACAAUGUUUAUACGCUGCUCAGUUUCUCAGAGCUUAACUUGUCGCGGGCUCAAAAUUUGACCACCUUGAAACUCGAGGAGUUCCAGAUGGCAAUAAUGCGCUCGCUGACGGCUUCUUCGCUUUGUCUCACCGACUUUUCGGACGUGUUUGCCAAUUGCAAAUUGAUACGACUGGAGCAUGAACAAGUGGAGGGUACAUUGGGAAAACUGUCUAUUUACAUACCCGGCAACACGGAGGCCACGUGGAACUCCAAUUUGCACAUGCACCUGUUAACCUUAGUAAGGGAUAUGCAAGACUUGAAGACGGAGUUGGCGAUUCCAGCUUCGCCUGUAAAGAAUACCACUCCCAGAGGAGGACUUGUGGUGGAGUUGUCUGCCGAACGUAGCACAAUAUUUGAGAUAAAGUUUUCUGAUCGUCACUCAAUUCAGAUAUUUGUGGAGAGCCUCUUCUUCAGUCAGAAGGAACGGUGCAUCAUCUAUGCGGAGAAUGUGUUUGUCAAGAUCGAUGAUCAGCACAUAUUUACAGUCAAAGAGCUGGAUCUGCAGUCAGUCCCACGUCUGGAGGUACUCACCCAAGAACGGCAAAACUUUCCUGGCUUUGUGUUGCCCUUCAACAAAGUGUGGGUCACGACCAUUGGAUCGUUUAAAGCCAUUUUCCCAUAUGACCACGACUUUUACAAUGCCAUUAACGGCGAGUGUGUUUCCCACUUCAAGUGGCUAAAACUUAUACAUAACUAUAAGAAGAAACCGUUUACGGUGGACUCACCGCUGCCCUGUGAUUUGGUGAUUAAGAUCAAGGAGUUCCUGCUGGAAAUCAGCGACGAUCCCUUCGAAGUGAAGCUUCGCGAUAACUAUGUCCUGCUGGUGGACGAAUAUCUGGAAAGCUUGAAGCGCAAGGCGGUUUUCGAUAAGAAGAUCGGAGAGCUCUGCUCGGAACGUCUCCUUUUGCCAGCUGGAACUAAGGAAAGUCUCUAUGCCAACUUGGUGAAGAAGAACUCAGAAAUAUACAUACAGCGGUCGAAGAAGAUUCGCGAAAGUGGCCCAGUUCGAACACGCCUGCUGGCUUGGAUCAUGACGGAUGUGAAUAUUAUGGCCAUGGCAGACACCUCCAUCCAUGGCUACGAAAAUGUGACGCAUAUAAUGCGUGAGAUCGAUCAUGAGAGUCCCUGGCCGGAGGAGGGACUGGAGUUCUCUACUCUCUGGUGUCGAGGGGUCAACAUCAGCUGCACCGAAUGGAAAUUCAUGCUGAGGGACUUCCCGCAACCGAUGUUCUGUGUGAACAGCAUGCGGCUGUAUGGCAAUCUUUGUGGAGCCGAGCAAAUGGGCUCCAAGCGAGCUAAGCGUGAUGUCUACAUUGAGAUGGGUGAACCAUUUGGCACCAAAGUAAUCCAACGCAGCAUGCCGUCGCUAAAGUUCUACCACGACUUUGACUGCGAGCUAGAGAGCUGCAGCUAUGCCUUUGGUGCCUGCUGGGAACCUGUGAUGGCCCAGUGCAACCUGAGCUUUGAGAAGAUCUCGGCUCCAUCGAAGGAUCCCUCGCCUCCUUUGCCAUUUUGGGACAAGCUGCGUUUACUGCUGCAUGGUCGUUUAACGCUGAUAGCCAAGCGAUUUACCAUACUCCUCCAUGCCUCGCUGGAUCCCUAUAACACCACUGAGGAAAUGGAGUUGACUUGGAAUAAUUGCGGGAUUGUGCUGACCAAUGCGAAGAUUAUGUUCAAAGGGGAACUGAAUGUCACUGUUCGAACGGCUUCACGUUACGACGAUUGCCGUUUGCUUCAUUUCCCGAAUCUUAAGCUGACCGUCAAGCUGAAGUGGGUUUGUCUGGCCAAUCCCAACGACCACCACGCCGUGAUGCCCUGUGCUCCGGACAAGCUGCCAGAGUACUCAAGCAAUCAGGUUCACGACUCAUUCCGUGCCUUCCGUUCGUUGAAUCUUAAUAUUUGGAUUUCCUUUGAGACGAAGCCUAAAGCGGGCGAUGAUUUGGAAUUGGACAUACCCAGUCUGGUGUUAUACGGCAGCACAUUGAGAUGGUUUGAGAGUCUCCAAUUGAUCCUAUCGGGUGUGACAAGGCCCACGCGUCGUGGUCCGGUUUUUAACAAUGUGAGACCCCGAAAAAAGCCGCUAAGUCGGCACUACAAGAAGGCCAACUUGCAGAUGUGCCUGCACAAAUUCCAAGUGCUCUACUGGAUGUCCCAUGCCCUGCAAAAGGGAUUCCAGUUGAACGGCCGUCGAGUGUCCUUCAGUUCCGAACACUCACUCACCCUGAAUCCCAUUGACGAUGGGCUCAUCCAUCGCCCACGGGCGGAUUGGUCAACAAUCUACAUGAACUGCGAGCUGAACGACGCUGAGAUCUGGCUAAAGAGCAUUCUCACCGAGAAUGAGAAUUUGGCUAGUGCAGCAGAUGCCUUCAAGAUAGUGCGAUUCUACUUUCUGAGCGUGGCCAAGGUUUCCUACGGGCGCGAAGCACUGAUACCCACGACGGCUACGAGCACAGAGGAGGACGUGAAGGCCCAGUCCACGACGCCCACCCAUAAGUUGGUGGUGUAUGAUUUAAAGGGAGCCUGGACCAAGAGCAAUCGGGAUGUGGCAUUCACUCUGUUUGACUCCUUUAUGAAGUCCCAGAAACUGAAGAACAAUCUGUCCACCGAGGCGGUAAAGAGCUAUCGCAAGGAGGGUCCUAGCUCUGCUGUUCUCAAGCAUAAGCGAAGUGAUAGCACCAUUACCUUAUCCAGUACUAGCAGCGAGGUCUUGCCAAUUUCAAACGCAAAUGCAUCUCUGAAAAAGGCCCCAGCCCAGAACCUUGCCACAGCGAUGUUGCAGCAACUCAUCGCGGAGGCGGACCACAAGUUCAAUGUGUACAGCGAUGAUCAUAGCACCCAAUCCAGGGAACUCCAGCUGCAGGGUCUGCAAGCGUGUUCCGCCCAGGAUAUAAUCCACGAGAACUGGUCCAUCAGCCUGGUGAACUCCCAGGUGCUGUUGAAGGGCUGUGAGACGUCUGGCUAUGUGAUCAUCAGUGCUGCCAAGGCGGAGAUUCUGCAGCGGGAGCAUCGCCCAGUUUGGCGGGAACGUUCGCUCAUUUCGAAGACCACGUGGAAGGGUUUGCUGGAGUGCAUGCAGUACUAUGCGACAGUCAGCGCGGGAGAUAAUAACUCCCUGCUGGAGAAGGAAAUCAUGUGGCUGACAGUGGACAACAUUCAGGACAAGGACGAGACAGUGAUCAACAAUCUGCCGGACAUCUCGCACUUGGUGGGCAGUGGGCGUAGUGUGGGCGGCGUAGUCUCCGAAACUGUGGGUGCCUUUCUGAGUGAAAAUUCUGGCGAGGCACAGCCCGUCCAACUGCAGCGCAUUGUGUCCAAGUGUAAGUGCGAGUUCUUUUAUGUGAGCUAUGGCGAUGCCAUCGAUCCUAAUAGCAUAACGGAAGUACCGCCUCCGCCUUCAGAAGAGCUGCAAUCGCCGUGGGAGAAACAGGACGACCCCGUAGAUGCAUUCACCCUGAUGCAUCAUGAUCUGGAUGUGUGCACCAACUCGGUGCAGUAUGCCAUGAUCCUGGAUAUUGUAAACAACCUGCUGCUCUAUGUCGAACCGCAAAGAAAGCAGGCGGCCGAGAAACUUACGCGGAUGCGCUUUCAGCUUCAGUUGCACUCAACGGAGGACCAGAAGCGACCUAUUCAACAAAAGCAGACGGUUAUCCGGAGUCUGCUAAUGAAGAUUCGCUCGCUGGAAAAAGACACACACAUGAUCAGCAAGGAGCGGAAUGAGGAAGGCGACACAUUAGACCUGCGUCAGGAAUACGAUCACGUGCAGCAGAUGAUCCGCGAGAGCAAGGAAGAGCUAAACACGUUCAGCGAGGACCUGGACAUGAUGCUGCUGUGCUACAAGGAGACACAGUUGUCGCAGCUCAGCAAGAUCUUGAACGUGCGCUCCGACGAGUCGGUGACCAUGGUGCGGACCAACGAGAUCUGCUUUAAGCGCGCCCAGUGGCGGCUCACGGAGACGGAUGGCCAGAUCGGCAUAGCCGAUCUUGUCCUGAGCGCUUUCCUUUACACCAAAAAGUCCAAGAGCGACGACUCGGUGGAACACCUGCUGGAGCUGGGCAACAUACGCAUGGAGAACCUCUUGCCCCGGGAAAUCUAUCGCGAUGUACUGCUGGCCACCGAAAUCCAAAAAGAUAUGCCCGUCGACACCCACAAGCGAGUGCUGCGCAUUUUCUGCCGGGAGAAGGCUCCAGUGGGCGGCAUAUCAGUGAAGGAACACUUCGAGAUCAAUGUGGCGCCCAUCACGAUUGCCAUCACGAAAAAGUUCUACAGCACAAUGCUGAAGUUCUGCUUCCCGGAUCGCGAUGCCUCCGAAACGGAGGUGAGCGACGAGUUGGAUGACAACGCCACAACUAGCUCGGCGUCCACAACGAAUUUACAGGCCAAGCCUUCAACAUCUUCAUCCACAAAGCGCUCGGGUAAGGGUAAAAAGGGAGCUAAGGACUCUGAAUUCUAUGUGAAGAUUGAAAAGGAUGACGUGGAGAAGAUGAAGGAGCGCGCGGAGAAAAACAAGCUGUUCAUCUAUAUCAAGAUUCCCGAGGUGCCCGUGCGCGUAAGCUACAAGGGCAACAAGGAGAAGAAUCUGGAGGACAUCACAGACUACUCACUAGUUAUACCGACGCUGGAGUAUCACAACGUAACGUGGACCUGGUUGGAUCUGCUGCUGGCUAUGAAAUCCGUGAGUCGGCGGGUGAUAUUCUCGCAGGCCAUCAAGCAGAAGCUGCAUAUCCACCAGCGUCAACCAAUUCUGUCUGCUGCAGAACGAGCUACGCCGCAGGAAGCGGAGGACAAGGCCGUUAUGCUGUUCGGAAAUCGGUUGUUGCAGAACGAAAACCGUAGUCAGAAAAAGGGAGUCUUCAAGUUCUCUUCAAGCGGAAAGUGAUCCGGAAAUAACUAAAACUUGUGAGCUUUUUCAACGAUAUUUGUAUGCUUUAAAUUUAUUACUGUACGUUCUUAGGAUGUACGAAAAUAUGUUCAGCUUGCGGUACUGACCAGGACUUAGCACAGCUUAUCUGAAAUGCCGUAAUCAACUAACAAGAGUGUCAAGUGUGUCUUGGCCCGUUUAACAAUACAUUAUACAAUACAAUCACACACUCUCAAGUAUUAUGCUAUGUAACUCUCUAAAUAUAGCUAUUUAUGUAAUGUA